AUGUUUUGUGUUUCUUCCAUCAAUCAUCCGGAUCUAUGCCGUAUAUCAACAGAUUAUGGUUUCGAGGGUCAUCCAUUACGAAAAGACCUUCCUCUGAGUGGAUAUGUAGAAGUACGCUAUGAUGAUCCAGAGAAACGAGUGGUUUCUGAACCCAUUGAGAUGACCCAAGAAUUUCGCUAUUUUGAUUUUGCUAGCGCUCACGUUGUCCUCUGGGUGGAAGUUGGCGGUAGGGCUUGCUUAACCGUAUAUAUGGAAUCGGGACUCGCCCUGGAUCUCCGAAUAGCCUCUCACCUGAAACUGGUAGACACAUUGAGCCACCACGUACCCCUCUCGCCCGUCGUAUGCUAUGGAUGGAAAGGCAUCAAUCCAGACCGGCAACACCCUCCCCUCCCUGGAGCUAUAGCUACCCCUAACCCUUAG